AUGACUGAGGAAGAUACAAAUACCCCUAAGGGGGCCGAGACAACUAUCCAAUCCCCAACCUCCGCCUCGAGAUACAGUAAGCACAUAGUGUUGACAACAUAUCCCGGUCAAAGCGGUGUCGACCCCAUCCCUCUAGAAUGGGGCGCUCCAGAUGCGAAAUCUCGGGGACCUGUCAUCGUCUCACGCAGCGGAGCACAGCUCAAACGUCGCAAUGCUAUGGGUGCCCACGGUGGGAGCUACAGUAUCUACAAUGCCUUGGCCAUUGCCGCGGGAGAUCUAGACCCAGACUUCCGACCAAAUUUCCUGAAUACCGAACCUACCUUCGACUUCCCCUGGCAACCGGCCUGGGCGGACAAGAAGAAGAUCGUGUCAAUGGACCCUUAUGGCCAUGAUGUUGUUAAGUACUUUCGGGACGAAGUCACCGCUGGUUGGGAUAUUCGGCCUACGAUGGCGGUUACUCGUGCCAACAUGAAACUUGCAGAGAUUGGGGAAGCCAUUCGCGAUGGACACUUGGAAGUUGAUGGGACAAUUGUGGUAGAUCCCACAGGGGAAGUGCGCGUCUCCAAGGUUGCAGUCGAGCCGGUUUGGUAUCUCCCCGGAGUAGCUGAGCGGUUUGGAGUAGACGAACCAACUCUUCGUCGGACCUUGUUCGAGCACACCGGUGGUAGCUACCCAGAGCUGAUAACGAGACCAGACCUCAAGAUAUUCCUUCCUCCUAUUGGCGGGUUGACGGUUUAUAUCUUCGGACCCCCGGAGCGGAUAUCCGACGAGAACGUGAAGCUCGCUCUAAGAAUCCAUGAUGAAUGCAAUGGCAGUGAUGUGUUCCAAUCAGAUAUCUGCACGUGCCGGCCCUACCUAGCAUUUGGAAUCCGUGAGGCUAUCCGAGAAGCACAGAACGGCGGUAGCGGUGUUGUCAUUUACUUCCGGAAAGAGGGCCGAGCGUUGGGAGAGGUGACCAAAUAUUUGGUCUACAAUGCACGCAAACGUGGUGGUGAUACCGCCGACAAAUACUUUACUCGGACAGAGAAUAUUGCCGGAGUACGAGAUAUGCGUUUUCAAGCCCUCAUGCCAGACAUCCUGCAUUGGCUGGGGAUAAAAAAGAUCGACCGGAUGCUUUCAAUGUCUAACAUGAAGCACGAUGCUAUUGUUGAUUCAGGCAUCAAGAUCCAUGAGCGUAUACCCAUUCCCGAGGACAUGAUUCCCGACGACUCGAGAGUCGAGAUUGACGCAAAGAUUAAUGCCGGAUAUUUCACCACUGGCAAGUCAUAUACGAUGGAAGAACUGGCCCAGGUGCGCGGACGAGGCUGGGAGAAGUGGGAGGACAUAACGCAUUAA